GCCCCGCUCCGCCCGCAGGGUCCGCGGCCGGAGGUAACUCGCUGGCCGGGUGGGGACCACCCUCACGCCCCGGCUGCGUGAGGAGAGCACUGCACACAAAGGGGAGGCGCGGAAUCGUGCGCGGACGGGGCGGAAGACGAGGCGGGUGGGCGGCUCGGUACCUCCCCGGGGCGGCAGCGGCGGGGGACACGCCGUGACAGCCGGGCGCGGGCGAGGGCUGUGCCCUGGGAUCCUUCCUAAAAAGCCGCCAGUCUUUUCCCUCCCCCUUUCCCGCAGAGAGAGCCCGGCAGCUCCGUCCAGGCUGUUCCGCGGGAUGGCGGCGGGCCGCCCCGCGGGGCUGGGCGCUGCGCGCUAGCAGCCGCCGGGCUCCAUCCGCGCAGCCGGGGCGCGGAGCCGGGCGCGGCCCAGAGCCGGCUGCGCCUCAGUCCCUCUCCGCCGCCGCCCGAGGCUCUUCUCGCCUCCCCGCCCCGUCUUCGGCCAUCGCAGCAGGCAUGGGCUGUUUCUGCGCGGUCCCGGAGGAAUUUUACUGCGAAGUUUUGCUCCUGGACGAGUCCAAGCUGACCUUGACCACACAGCAGCAGGGCAUCAAGAAGUCAACGAAAGGGUCGGUUGUCCUGGGCUACGUAUUUCGUCACUUAAACCUGGUGGAAAUAGAUUACUUUGGGCUGCGCUACUGUGACCGAAGUCAUCAAACGUACUGGCUGGAUCCUGCAAAGACCCUCGCUGAACAUAAAGAAUUGAUAAACACUGGACCACCAUACACUCUGUAUUUUGGCAUUAAAUUUUAUGCAGAAGAUCCAUGUAAACUUAAGGAAGAAAUAACAAGGUAUCAGUUUUUCUUGCAGGUAAAGCAAGAUGUUCUACAGGGUCGUUUACCUUGUCCAAUCAACACUGCAGCACAGCUGGGAGCAUACAUAAUUCAGUCUGAGCUGGGGGACUAUGACCCAUUCAAGCACACUGCAGGUUAUGUCUCCGAGUACCGCUUCGUUCCUGACCAGAAGGAAGAGCUGGAGCAUGCCAUAGAGCGGAUACACAAGACUCUGAUGGGUCAAGUUCCUGCUGAGGCAGAAGUGAACUACUUAGGUGUGGCCAAAUCUCUGGAAAUGUAUGGAGUGGAUCUCCAUCCUGUUUAUGGUGAAAACAAAUCUGAAUACUUUUUAGGAUUAACACCCGUAGGAGUUGUUGUCUACAAGAAUAAAAAACAAGUAGGAAAAUAUUUCUGGCCUAGAAUUACGAAAGUUCACUUCAAGGAAACACAGUUUGAACUUCGAGUCCUGGGAAAAGAUUGCAAUGAAACUUCCUUCUUUUUUGAAGCCCGUAACAAGGUCACAUGCAAACAUCUCUGGAAAUGCUGUGUAGAGCAUCAUACAUUUUUCAGGGUGCCAGAGAAUGAAUCAAGCUCUCUGUCAAGAAAAGUCAGCAAAUUUGGAUCCAUAGGUUAUAAACAUCGGUACAGUGGCAAAACAUCUUUGCGAAUGACCAGAGACCCUUCUGUGCAUCUCCCGCGGCCUGACCAGAGCAUUGAAAGAAGUCGCAGCAAGACUUACCCCAAAAGGACACAACAGACAGGUUCUAAGAACAUGAGCCAGAUUACAACAAAUGGCGAAAAUGAAGGAACUACCAAAAUUAUUGCACCUUCUCCAGUGAAAAGCUUUAAAAAGAUGAAAAAUGAAAACAGUCCAGAAACACAAAGAAGUAAAACAAGCACUCCGUGGGAGGAAAAUGGCCCACAAAGUGGACUGUAUAAUUCUGCCAGUGACCGCAAUAAAUCACCAAAGUUUCCUUACUCUCGCCGAAGGAACCCAUCUGGUGGCAGUGAGAAUGAGUCUGGACAGCCAGUUCGCAGGAGGAAAAAUCAAAACAGUGGUGAAGAUUCAGAUUUAAAGCAAAGGAGAAGGUCACGGUCCCGUUGUAACACCAGCAGUGGCAGUGAAUCUGAAAAUUCCAACAGAGAGCAUCGGAAGAAGAGAAACAGAUUGCGGCAGGAGAAUGACAUGGUUGACUCGGCUUCUCAGUGGGAAGCUGUGCUGCGGCGGCAGAAGGGGAAAACCCAGGCAGAUCCAAACUACCGGCGAUCCAGGCACAGAUCUCGAUCGAGAAGCCCAGAUGUACAAGCUAAAGAAGAACUGUGGAAACAUAUUCAGAAGGAGCUUGUGGAUCCAUCUGGACUAUCUGAGGAGCAAUUGAAAGAAAUUCCAUACACUAAAGUAGAGACUCAAGGUGAUCCCAUCCGAAUCCGGCACUCGCACUCCCCUCGCAGCUACCGGCAGUACCGGCGGUCCCAGUGCUCCGAUGGGGAGAGAUCUGUCCUGUCUGAAGUGAAUGUCAAAACUGAUCUGGUCCCUCCACUGCCUGUGACACGAUCUUCAGAUGGGAAAGUUCCCAGCAUCCAACUGACUCAACAGAGGCAGAAUGGAUCUAAGGACAGCCUAAUAGAAGAACCAUCUCUGCUAUCCACUAACAAUGUUGAUGGAAAACCCAACACUAAGAUUGUAAAGACUGUACAGGUGUCACGCUUCAAGGUGGAGACUUGACUGAUGAAUUUAAGAUGGUGAAUGGAUUUUGGUCUUUGGAAACUGAGAAUUUGUUUAUGUGUGCAAGCGAAGGAACUGAAGUCAACGGGGUGGUCUUUCCUUCAGGACACCUGGCAGUGCAGCCUGCUUGCUGGGAAGACCAAGCAAUGGUUUUAUCACCAACACCAUUCUAGUGGUAUGACUGAUUGACGACAAGCUGCCUCAUAGACAACCAAAACCAAAAGUCCUUGCAAAACUGAGAGAUCAGCAGUUACAUUUCCAAAAGAUGAACAACAAAAAAAAAAUUGCUGCUUCAUGGUCUGCUCUGUAACUGAAUAGCCUUGUUCCAAGAAGUGACUCUUAACUGACAUGAUCAGGAUCAAGAUAAGUAAAAUAGUCAUAUUUUUGGUCAAUUGUGCAAUACAGUGUGAUAUGGGGAAAAUAUCUUCACAAUUUAUAUGGGGAUCAACUUAUGUUCUGACACAUAAGGACAGAUAGCUCUUACAAGGGUUAUUUUCACCAAGGACUAUAACAGAUGCUUGUGUUGUUGAUACAAAUACUGACUCAACCCAUUUUAACUUGAAAACAAGACUCUGUAACAUGCUGUAGCAGUACAUUUCAGAGGUGAUACAGACUUUGUUUUGGGCAGGUUUAAGGGCUCUAAAUUUUGAAUGUCCUUUUGUGUAGAGGAAUUAUUUAAAUGAACAUUCCAUACCGCAGAUACAUUCCAUAUAUUCACCAACAUGUAGUAAAGCACACUGGAAACAGGGGAAUAUAAAUUGACCCACUGUGUUAAGACUGCUUAGCAAGGCACUUCAGUGCUGGUUAAAUGAAACUUGUGAAGUAGUAUUUAAAACAGCUAGAAAAUAGUUGGGUUUUUUUUUUGUUUGGUUGGUUUUUUUUUUUUUUUUAAUCUAGAUUAGCAAAAUCUGUCUUAAUAUCUCGUAUAAAAUAAUCUGACACUUUUCUCUGAGCCAUUUCUACUGCUAAAAUGACAAAGGCAGUAUUUCAGGUAUGAUAACUAUAAUUUCUUUUCUAUUGCCAUGGUAGGAACACUAAGUUUUAAUGAUGCUGCAUAUUGAGUGGGUUAUCUUCUCUUGUCCUAGCACUUCUCACAAAUAUCUGAAAAUCACUUUUCUGUCUCCCAUUUGUCCACAGUCAGCACAUGGAUGAACCUUCAGGGGUUGCUGACUUGCUAGAGAGCUUAGGAAAGUCUUUGUGUCAUGGAAGUAAUUUUUUGCUAAGUGUAAUCAUUGAACUAAGUACUGAAUUUGUCAAAUAGUGUCACAAACAGUUGUAGCAGCUCACGUGCCUUUGUACAUCUGUCCUCUCUACACUCAACCCUCAAAACCCACAGAGAUUUGCAGUGAUCCUGUGUCUUUCAGUCCAAACAACACCAGGGAAUGGCAGCCCUGUCAGAAAAGCAACACUGCUUGAGAACUGGAGUUGGCAUAAGGUGUUUAAGUUACACCUUACAAGAGGCAUGGGAUUACAAAUACACAUUUUAACUGACUAAACUGGUAAGCAAAAUGUUGUACAAUGUGUUUUAUUUUCCACUUUAUUUUUUGAUUCUUCAUUGUUUCAUGAUCUGAGGUGGUCAGGUGGAUGUUACUAGCCAGAGUGGCAGCCAUACAGUUUGUAUAUUCCUAUCACAGUAUGGAGUGGUCUCUAGGUUGGGAAGUAGUGCAGGGAAGGCAGAUUCACUUAACAAAUACUUUUUUUGGUCAUUUACUUGGGACAGCUCUGCUUCUACAGUCUCAGUGAACAAAUGUGAGGGAAAAAAAGAGCAAGAACCCUUCUCUAGUAAAAAUUCAGUUUUCAUGGAGGUUCUUUAGAAUUUUUUUAAUUUUCUGUGGAUUUAAUUCUAGGACAUUGUUGGGCUUAGCUUAAAGUAUUUGCUCAGCUUUGUAAGUUUGUUAAAUGGUUUCAUUAUCAUUACUCCAAUUUAAAGUGAUUCUUUAGGAUCUGUUUAUGACCUUGUGUAGUACUGUCAAGAACACCAGUUAGAAAAAGCCCAAACAAAA